AUGGCAUGGAAGGGGGGAGAGACUGAUGGAAGUGUUAAGGGAAAGACAUUAACACCUUCUAAAGAAAAUGGUCUACACAAAGAUCAGAAGACUGAUGAGAAGACGUUGGGAACUGAGGAACCAUCUCCAGAGUCAAAGAUAAGCAUUCAACCACCAUCUUAUAAAGAAGUAAGAACUAUUUAUCCUCAGUUGCCCAUCAUUGAUCAACAAGGAUGCUACUCAGUGGAAGAUGAUCAGCAGCACGUGGUGGAAACAGGUGACACAAGGACCACCAUUGUGCUAACACCACACACUAAGAAGAAAUCUAAACCUCAGAAAUGUGGCGUGACAACGUCUGACUCUUUCAGUGAAGAAGAAACAAAGAGAGGAGGUUAUGGAGCAAAGAUCAAAGRAAUGUUGGGGAAACUUGAGGCACGAGGUAAAAGAGGUUUCAAGAAACGUGAAGACUCAAGCAGUUCAAGUGAAGAAAGUCCUGACAGUAGUGAUGAGACAGCGGAAGAUCAAGAUUCUGAUGCAGGGUCUUUUGAAGUCAGAAAGCCAAGAAAGAUGUUGAAGGAAAUUAAGAAAAUGAAAAGUAAGUGCCGCGAAGAAAUUAAGAAUGCUGUAACUGACGAACAACAACAAUAUUUGACAGAACAGUUGCAAAACUUGAAGAUUAGAGAACAAGAUUUAAAAGAACAAACAGUUCCUAGAAGGAGCAGUCGAUACAAUCUCAGAGAAAGAAAAGUGAAGAAGAUGGCACCUGUGUUAGUCAGAGGUCAGACUCUUGACUAUAAACCAUGGCUUCAAUCUGAUUUGUCAGACAUAAUGGAAAAAUUGCCUCUUUUGCAAGAUGGUGCACAGCCUUGGAUCACUAAACUAGAAGAAGUUUUGACGGGCACACAGCCAGCUCUAGGAGAUGUGAAACGUUUGAUUGCUAAUCUUUUGGGAGUUCCUAUGAUGGAGGAACUGUGGCAGAAAGCAGGCUUACAGAAACAGAUUGGCACAACUGUCUAUGAUGCAGAUCUUUUCCUCGCCUACAGGGCUAGGAUUUGGGGAGCUUUGAGAGCUAUGUUCCCAACKAAUAUCCAUCCAGRUAAUAUUUUUAUUGACCCGCUGGGAGACAAAGAAAAUCCUAGAGCAUAUGUGACCAGAGCACAUAUGGUGUGGAGGAGUGUAACAGGUAAUGACCCAGAUGUAAACAGACUGGAACAGUCAAUACUUCGAACAAAAAUACAAGAGGGUCUGCCUUUACCUGUUAGAAAAAAGUUGGCAGAGGUGGUUGGACUAUGUAGUUUGAAUAGAGCUGUCUACACUGAUCAUGUGGCAUAUCAAGUCGAUCUACAAAGAAGAAAGGAAAUGGAGCAGCAAAGGCAAGAACAGGAGACGAUCAGAAAACUCACACAARURCACCUGAUGGAGGGAAAGAAAAAAGACAAGAUGCAAGCUGUUGUUCAACAAAGUCCUCAACCCCAGACUCAACAACCCUUAUGUCCGAUGAUGGGCGUACCAGUGCAACAGCAGAUGGAGGGAUACCCUCCUUGGAGAUCAUCCAAGUUCCAGACCAACAGAGGGCGUGGCCGUGGAUACAGAGGGCGUGGAAA